AUGUCGCAAACUAAAUCUAAGUUUGGGUGUUGUGACCGACUGGGACCUGCACCGCACAGCUUAGUAUGUAAAUUAUGCAAGUACAAAUAUCACUUGAGCUGCGUAAAUAUACAAAAAUCAUUCAAGGAGUUAACGGAAGAAUAUAAGUCAAAUUGGCUGUGUCCAUGCUGUCAUAGUAAGAUCCCCAAAAUUGAUAAUACUAACACCCCAAUUAGAGCGGUUCACCGGCAAACGACACUUAGUGAACAAGAAAAAUUAUCGCAAAACGUAAACACCAAGAGAGGAGGGCGAAUAGAAAAAAUAUCUUCGUUGGAAUCAGAAUCGACAAUAUCUAUACGUAGCAUAGUGAGGGAAGAGUUAGAAAAUAUACUAGAUAAUUUUAAAAUUAAUAUUUUAAAUCAGUUUGAUCGCAAGUUAAAGGAGUUAGUAGAUAGUUUUAAACGAGUGUCUGAUUCCUUGUCUGCAAUUGAGAAACAGCAAGAAAUUACUAAACAAGAAGUGCAAUCUAACACCUCACAAAUAAAGCUCUUAGAGUCUGAGAACGCAUCCUUACGAUCUUCGAUUGCAGAACUCAAUUCCAGACUCACGCUAACAGAACAGCAUUCUCGAGCUACUAAUUUAUUAAUACAAAACAUUCCAGAGCAUAAAUCUGAGAAUUUAAUAACGAUUGCUAAACAAAUUGCUGCCACCGUGAACUACAAAUUAAAUGAGUCCGACAUUCACGUAUGCACAAGAGUCACCAAAGUAAAUAGAGAUAGUCCACGCCCGCGGUCAGUUAUUGUGAAAUUUAGCUCGCCCAGAAUCAGGGAUGAAUUUCUAGCAGCUUCGUUAAGAUUCAAUAAAAGAGCUAAUAGUGUUUCUGAAAAGUUAAACUCAUCUCAUCUUGGACUUGGUGGUCAAUACACGCAGCUGCACGUCUCAAGAGUAAGGAAUUAG